GAGAGAGUUGAGAGAGGGGAUAAGCCAGCACUGGGACUCUCACCCUGUGCUCCAGAGUGAAGCAUGACCCAGAGGAGCACCCGGGCGCCCACCCCGGCUCCAUGAUCUCGCUGCUGCUCUGGCCCGCUGGCCCCCACGCCCUGGAGCCCCAUGGCAGCCUGCUGGGAGGGGAGGGCGGCGUGGCCCUGCAGAGAUACCAGCCCCGCUCCCCGGACAGCAGCCCCAGCCACUGGAGCUCGGUGCAGGACUGGGGGGAGGAAGUGGAGGACGGGGCCAUUUACAACGUGACACUGAAGAGAGUCCAGAUCCAGCAGGCUGCCAACAAAGGGGCGAGAUGGCUGGGGGUGGAGAACGACCGGCUGCCCCCCGGCCACACGGUCAGCCAGCUGGAGACCUGUAAGAUCCGCAGCAUCCGCGCGGGGACCCAGCGGCGGCUGGUGGAGACACUGCUCACCGCCUUCGCGGACAACGACCUCACCUACACGAGCAUCUUCCUGUACACGUACCGCACCUUCGCCAGCACCGAGACGGUGCUCGACCUGCUGUUCGCCAGGUAUGAGAGGGUAGGGGACAGUGACGGAGCCUGUGAUGCCAGGGGAAAUGUUCGCAACGCCCUGGCCUCCAUCCUGCGAGCCUGGCUGGAUCAGUGCCCCGAGGACUUCCAGGAGCCGCCCUCGUACCCCAGCCUGCACAGGGUCCUGGAGUUCCUGCAGAGGGCGCUGCCGGGUUCAGAGCCCCUGCGCAAGGCUCAGACGCUGCUGGAGCAGCUGCAGGCCCAGCACAGCGUGGAGCUCGAGGCCGAGGGUGGUUUCCAUGGCAAUAGUCCCUUCUGCCUUGGGGAGGAAGAGGAAGUGGAAAUCGAGCUUCAGGAGGACUUCCUGUCGUUUGAAGCCGAUCUGGUUGCGGAGCAGCUGACCUACAUGGACGCGGCUCUGUUCAAGAAGGUGAUCCCUCAUCAGUGUUUGGGCUCCAUCUGGUCCCAGCGCGACCGCAAGCAGCGGAACAAGCAGGCGGUGCCCACCAUCCGCGCGACCGUGACGCAGUUCAACGCGGUCACCGCCUGCGUGGUCAGCACCGUGCUGCGCCGGCGCCAGCUCCGCCCCCACCAGCGGGCGCGGGUCAUCCAGCGCUGGAUCGACGUCGCUGAGGAGUGUCGUAUCCGCAAGAACUUCUCCUCCCUCAGAGCCAUCAUUUCUGCUCUGCAGUCCAAUCCUCUGUACCGUCUGAAGAAGGCCUGGGCCUGUGUACACAAAGACAGCCUGCAGACUUUUGAGGAGCUUUCAGACAUCUUCUCAGAUCACAGCAACCACCUGACCAGUAGAGAGCUGCUGAUGAAGGAGGGCACCUCCAAGUUCGCCAGUCUGGAGAGCUGCGCCAAGGAACUGCAGAAACGCACCCAGAAAAGGCUGCAGCUGCAGAAAGACAUGGGUGCGAUGCAGGGUACCAUACCCUACCUGGGCACCUUCCUGACAGACCUGACCAUGCUGGACACGGCGCUGCCUGACCUGGUGGAAGGUGGUCUGAUAAACUUUGAGAAAAGACGCAGGGAGUUUGAGGUGAUUGCUCAGAUCAAGCUGCUCCAGUCAGCCUGCAACAGCUAUUGUCUGACCCCUGACCCUGCCUUCCUGCGAUGGUUCAAAAGCCAGCCACAGUACAGCGAGGAGGAGAGCUACGCCCUGUCCUGUGAGAUAGAAGCCGUGGCAGAGAGCACUCCCACCUCCCCUAAAGCCUGCCAGAGCAUGGUGAAGAGGCUGAGUCUGCUGUUCCUGGGCGCAGAUUCUCCUGCAGUCAGCUCCCCAGUGAAAGACAGCCCACGUUCGCCCCCUGCUGGUAGCUCAGGGGAGAGCAUGGACUCUGUCAGCGUGUCAUCGAAUGACUCCGGCCCGUCGGACAGUGAAGUUCAGACACCCAUGCAAACCCCCGAUGGCACACAGAAGCCAUCAGAUUGUGCCUCAGCCCCCUGCUGCCCACUCUCCCGUAUGGAUGCAUCUUUAUUACCAGCCAGCUUGCCAGCGGCUCCUUCCUCUUCCUCUCCCUCUUCUCCUUCCUCUUCCUCCUCCCCCUCCUCCCCCGUCUCACCAAGGCUCCCCCCCGCAUACAACACCCAGGACCGGGACGCCUGCCUCAUCCGGGUCAGCUUGGAACACAGCAACGGAAACCUCUACAAGAGCAUGGUGCUGACCAGCCAGGAUAAGACACCCGCUGUCAUCUCCCGGGCCAUGACCAAACACCACCUGCAGGGGGAGCCAACGGACAAAUAUGAGCUGGUGCAGGUCAUCUCAGAGGAGAGAGAGCUGGUCAUACCGGACAAUGCCAACGUCUUCUACGCCAUGUGCACCUCGGCCAACUUCCACUUCCUGCUGCGUCUGCGCGGGUCCCCCGGCCGGCCGGUCCAGCUGCGCAGCCGCUGUGGCCCCGCCCUCCCGUGCGCACAGCAGCGCAGCAGCCUGCCGCAGAGACUCAGCAAGGUCACGCUGUGACCCCCCCCCCCCCCCACGCGGGGCAGGGGCAGGGCGCCAGGGUGAAUGGUGGAGGGUGAAGCAAACGGGCCCUGGAGCUGGCGGACUCUCCCCCUUAUUCAUAGAUGAGUUUAGAGCAGACGCUGCGCAGAUCCACUGAUCCUUAUGUCAUUUGGGCAGACGGCCUCUAGACACAGACGUUUAGAUGAAUGCAUUUGUGUAAUAUGGAACUGCACUGCCUGGUCUAACCUGAUAUAAAUGUUAGUGAAUCUGCAGUUGCCGGGUCAACUUGACAGCCGUGAAUAAAGCAGCCCCUUAACUCCAUAUGCGGGCCUGGGUUCCUGCUCUGAACCUCCUUUCUUCCAUGUCCCCUUGACCCCCACCCCCUGUGUGCCGUGUGGAUGAUCCUGUCUGCAGAACUGAGCAAUAGAUUGAAGUCUGUUAGCGUCCCCUGUGCUGGGGGUGUUGUACACACGUAGACUUGCCUUUUUCCACCAGCAACAUUUGUAUGCAUGCUUCCACCUUUGUAUUCAUUUCUUCAGUGACAGCGACGGAACACAAGAAGAGGACGACGACACUCUUUUCACCCUUGUCUUAGUCGACACCUUUUGCAUCAGUGUCCUGGGGUGUGAGGUCACGCAGUCUCCUUCCCUUUCUGCAACAUUGUGGACAGUGAAGACAGCUGUGUGAUGAAUGUUGCUAUCAAUACAUUCUGAUUGGCUUCAAGUAGUCCAUGGUAUUUACUCCCCCUUUCCUAUUGGUGUAUUACCCUGUCUCACAUAUUUAGAUUCUUUUUUAUUGGAAGGCUGGUACCAAUAGGGUUGUACUUCCUAGUGAAGGGCACAGGAAGCAGCUGGGUUCUCACUAAUAUUGAGGACCUACUGUGCCCUACCCCCCCCUUAUGUCAUUACAAUAUUAAAUGUAUUGUUUUUUGUAUGUACAUCAUUAAUAUUGUAACAGCGAAGACUAAAAUAAAAAUUAAUGUAGACAAGGGGACUGUAAAAA